CUCAAGGUCGAGUUGCCCUUACUACGUCAGAAUAACAUGACGUCAUGGUUUACAUUUAAAAAGCUGCAUGACUAGAUUCUAUUUCUAACAAGAUGGAAUUGGAAGGGUCGAAGAGUGAUUCGGAAUCAAAAAAGGCCGGGGACACUGUGGUUAUUGCGAUGGACGGGAGUGACUAUUCGGACUAUGCUUUGCAAUUUUACGUAAAAUCUGUGCACAAACCAGGGAACCAGGUGAUUAUUGCGCAUUCUACGGAAUACAGAAAUAUUACAUUCCCAGCUGUCGGAAUGAUGUCUGGGGACACAAUGAUGAGUAUGAUAUCACAGGAAAUCAAUGAGGAGGAACAGAAGACAAACGAACUUGUGGACAGACUUACACAGAGGAUGCAUCUACUCAAGAUAAGCGGCACCAUAGAACGUAUCCAUGGGAUUCCAGGACCAGCCAUCGUCUCCCUUGCAGCUGAUAAGCACGCCGACUAUAUCGUUGUGGGUUGCCGCGGCAAAGGUUCAGUCCGUCGUACAAUAACUGGCAGUGUGACCGACUAUGUAAUACACCACUCAGAUGUGCCUGUUAUGGUAGCGAGGCACAAGGAUCAUAUCAAACAUUACCAUGGCCUUCACAUUCAUAAUCCUUUCCACCAUAAGAAAACUGCUGAGAACCAUGAAGAAUCCUCAAGUGGUAGUAUACAAGGAUAGUAAUGACUAUGUCACAUUCGUCCAUAUAUUCAUGGCCGGCAAUAACGUUUUGUGUUGUGUUAACUAUCGUUUUGAUUGUUGCAGUUUAUGCAGUUCAAUUUAUACUUAGUGACCUCCUUUUUCAAGUCUUGUUUAUUACUGAACAUAGUAAUUUGGGCAUAAAAUGUUUGUAUUACACACAAUUUUAAAACAG